UACUCGCCUCUACAGCUGGGAGCGGCCCUACAGCCGUUCCCAGAGCGGUUGUUUCACCGGGUUAGCCAGUUGAGGCGGUCCUGUGUGAUGUCAUUGACACUCCGGACCAAGCUCCACGUGGAGCUUUUGACCGCUUUCUUAAAUGCCCGUGGUCCGAGGGCGAUUCUUUCUUCAGACUCUUACCCUCUGGACCACAGUCCUGUCGUUAUAGAGCUUCUUUUUGGCACUGUCUCUGUGCCAGUCGCUUCUUUGUCACUGCGCUCAACACCCACACCAUGUCUGACCCCUCAUUCGCUCUCCCUUCCAUCUCCCCUCUCAAUAAUCGCAACUACCCUUCCUGGUCCAAGGAGACCAAGGCCUGGCUUCGUCUCAAAGGCCUGUGGCUUCUGGUCUCUGGUGAUGAGACAGCCCCUGUUGGCACGAAGGAGAAGCUUGCUGACCCAAGGGAGGUGGCAGAGUGGAAGAGGAAUGCUCAGAAGGCUGCUGGUGCGCUCUUACUUUCAGUUGAGGACCAGUUCAGAGGCAUUGAGGACGACCCCAUCGCUAUUUGGACCACACUAA